UGAAUAGUCCCAAGUUUCAGGUACAAGGUACUAGCUAGUACCGCGACCAGCAACCAAGCCCCAACAACAGAAAAACUAAAGCAUCCUCGUUGUUUCAUAUAACAACUCUUCGCAGCAGAGAGGUAACUUUUCCAUGGAGGAUCCACCUUUUCUGCUGUUGCUGCUCCUCACGGCAGUUCCAUUGGUCCUUGCCCGCUGCUAUACUAAUCUCUCUAAGAAGAAGAAUUUGCUGCCCCAACACAACCACAACCUUCUUUCCAAACCAAUGCCGUUUGAAUCUAUUGGAAUCGUUGGAGCAGGUGCCAUUGGCACCUGUUGCGGUCUCUCUCUGUCGCGAAUGACCAAUCUGAAACGAGUGGUUCUGGUAGGUCGCAAAUCUCUCGUGACUGCUGUGGAAACCAACAAUGGACAAUUGAGAUUGCUCGACAAGACACAGCAGCCCCAACAAGGAAUGAUAGUUCAGAACUUUGCCGUCCACAUUUGUAACAGUUUGGCCACCACACGAAUACCACUCCUACAAGACAACAGCAAAUUUGUGGCUGUGACGGAAAAUUUGGACGAUUUGGUGACAUUUCAGUGUUCUGUAAUUAUUGUGGCCAGCAAAGCGACAGCAACUGAAACCAUUGCCAAAAGAUUGGCCAAGGUCUUGCCUCUGGAUUCCAAUGCCACCAUUGUUUCCUUCCAAAAUGGAAUUCGCAAUGCCGAUAUUCUUAGAGAGGCUCUCCAAAACCACAAAAAUGUCAUGGUGCUCUCCAGUAUGGUCAGUUUCAGUGCUGGCUGGAAGAGUGGAACCAACCUGUUUUCCAAAACCAGUGAUGGCAGUUUGGAAAUACAACGUCCCACAGCCAAAUCCAUGCCACUACAAUCCACAACCAAACAAAAUAAUGUUCAAGUUCAUGCGGCUCGCAUGGAUUCUUUGGCAGCGGCAUUGACAACCACUGUCAUUCCCACAACGGUAGUAGCCGAUGUAUUGCCAGCACAAAACUCCAAGCUCUUGAUCAACCUUUUCAAUGCCGUCAAUGCCUUGGCGGGCAUUUCCACUCCAGCGACAAUGGAAAAGGCAGGAUAUCGCAAAGUAUGGGCUGCUGCCAUUUCCGAGGGAUUGGCUGUGUACUCCAAAUUGGGAAUGUCCAUUGGGACCUACCGUGGUUUGUCACCCAAACUACUGCCACUAAUGAAGGUGCUCCCCGAAAUGGCCUUCAAGCUAGUCUUUCGUAUUGUGGCCAAAGUGGACUAUGACAGUUCCAAGAGCUCCAUGUUGCAAGAUAUGGAACGGGGUCGAACCGAAACCGAAGUGGACUUUUUGUGUGGGGAAAUUGUACAGUUGGGAAAGAAGGCCAAUGUGCCAACACCCGUCAAUGAAGCAUUGGUACGACUUGUCACAGCGGCACAAACAGCUGGCAAGGGAUCACCACAGAUUGCCCCAGACAAACUGGUAGUACUAGUGGGAUUGGAAAAGCCGUCACCACAACAGGAAUCAGCAGGGGUCAAAACAAUGGAUUGAUGGAUGCAGGAAGCCAUUCAAAAGAUCAUUGGAUUGAUCAUUCGAUUCUGUUCAGG